CUGACCGGUUCACCGCCGCGCGUUGGGCCGUUGCUGCCAUUCCAUUGACAAUAUAGUUCUGCCAUUCAACGACAGUAACUGUCCACCUGGUCCAUUUUGAUACUUGACGCGUGUCCUUUCAUAUACCUGUCGUGUUGCUCGAGCGAACAAGUAGGCAGGAGAAGUUGGGCAUGUCAGCAGAGCCAGCCGCAAAGCGACUUACAAACAUGGAUAUUGCGAAGAUGGUGGUAGACGUGGCGGUUGAGCAGUACGCCAAAGACUGGAAAGAGACGGCGAUAACUCUGGAGUUCAGCACAUCGCGCCAGCAAUCGGGUGCCAUACCUGCGCUGCAGUUCCUGCCGCAGACCGACGCGUGGGUGUUUCGGCAUGCCGGCAUGCAGUUCAGGGUGCCUCGCGAGAAAGGCCCCUCAGGGUUUAACGAAACGCUCGAGAUGCUGUCGUCCAUGGUGCUCACCACCCUCGGCGUCUACGGCACCUUGCAGCCGAAAACCCGGUACCCCUACAGGGAUGAGGAGGACGAGGAGGAGGAGCUCGUGACCGCGGUGUUGUCACGAGCGGGCAAGGAGCUCACCCGGAUGGUGGUGUGUAAGGUGCCCAGUGAGGAGGUGACGCCGGUAGACCUGGUGCGGGGCCUGCGCACGCUGAUGUACAUGCAGUGAUGCAGUGAGGCCCCAGGGGACCGCUCAGCGCCCCAGCCCACUCCUCUCACUCCUCUUACCGUGCUCCUCUUACCGUGCUCCUCUUUCAUGAUCCUCUUCUCGUGAUCCUCGUACCGUACUCCUCGCAACUGACGAAAAGCGUCACGUAUCGUGCUUGGGCGCAUGCACCGCUUGCAUGCGGUGAGGGAGCGGGGCCCUGGUGGUGGUGGCGGUGCAGUUUGUGGUAGUGAUGGCAGCGAAGGGGGGUGGUGUGCGGGCGGUGGACAGCACGGGGCGGCGGUGGGAGCGGUGGUGAGGUCAUACCCAUGUCAUACCCAUGUGUGCCACUCGUCAAUGGCGCAUGCGAUGUUGGAGGUCUGCCGAUGCAUACUGGCCAUGUCAGACGCAGUGUGAGUGGUAAGCUAGCGGAUGGAGCCCGACAAAGGAGGCGGGCGCUGCGGCCAGGAACACUUUACUGGCGGUGUGGGUUUGCUGGCGACGACCAGGCACGCUUUGCUUGGGCAGUGGGCAGGCUUUUGGAGAAUCAAUUGGAGUGCGGAGCAAUGAACGCAAUGAACGCAAUGAACGCGGAGCUUGACUGAGGAGGUCUAUUGGACGCUGCGGUCGUAGCUGGCUACGAGGCAGCGGGAGAGCUUGGGUUAGCGAGACAGGAGUGGCGUUGCACAGGUGCACAUGUUACAUGCCGGCGUGAUGCCAUAAAGCAAGAUGUGCCAGUUUGGGAGGACAGGAGGAGGGACGCAUUCUGGCCUAGUGGGCAGCACUGCAGCAGCAAGCCGGACAAGCAGAGCGAUGGCCCAACCAUUUUGCGGAGGUGGGAGGGGGUGGGGCCGUGGGGCAGGCAGCACAAGAUGGAGACUGACAGGCAGCAAGGGUAAGGCGGGCAGGGGGGCUGGCUAAGGCAGAUUGAGGCCGAUACGGCCAUUCUGCUGAAGCUGAGUGAAUAAAGGGCUGCACGAUAAAUAGGCAGGGGUGCAGGCACCCCCUGUGAACAGGUCGGAGCGAGGCAAGCCAAGCACUGAAGAAGUAUGGCAAGAAACAGCAUUUCGUUGCUGGGCUCCUAUCUUACUGUCUCCAGACAUUAAUCGGCCAUUUUGGCCGUUUCCACAUCAUUCCUUCCAGGGGCUAAUGUCUGGGGCGAGACUUUGUUGGCCCGGGUUUGGGGCCGGUUUUGUCCGGUUUCCUAUGGAGAAGCCCCCAAACCGCCAUGUGCCCAGACAAAAGACGGCGGCUACCCGGCCGUUUUUGUCCCAUAGGCCGGCGCCCAAACGGGAAGGGGCAGCGCCGGCCGGUUGGGGAUGCUCACCAUGUUGUAUGCAUGCAGUGCAGUGCAGUGCCGGGCCUUAAUGAACUCUCUUAUCCCGGCACUGCGCUUAAUCCUGCAUGGUGCCGGCCCUGUGUGCCUGCGUGGUGGGCAAGUGAAUGUGCCGCUGCCAAGGGGGAAGGGUUAUAAGUAUCAGCCCAAAGCCCCAAACUGAACCAAACCAAGCUGAACUAGCGGAGCACAGGCAGAGGCGUUAGUUGCAAGCGAUUAUAUUUGUGGGAGGGGGCCGAGGCGUCGUGGAGUGGCAGGGUGAGCGGCGCAGGCGAUGAAUGUCAGGGGGGGAUGCGCCGGUGAGGGCGUGAGGAAAUGGUGUGUGUGUGUGUGUGUCUGUGAGGGGGGGGGGGCGGGAGUGUGAGCUGUGAGCUGGAUCGUCUGGACACGGAAC